AUGAGUCUCAAUCCAAAAUUUGAUGCGUUACAUUUCCCUCUUCUAUUUCCAUAUGGAGAGGAUGGUUAUCAUCCACUCAUCAAAUACAGGUCAGCUUUCUGCCCGCCUUCUAUGAGGAGGCAGUUUGUUACUCAGCGAGAGUACUAUGCAUUCAGGCUUCAGUAUCGCAAUGGCGAAGGACACACAAUUGUUCAGGCUGGGAAAGCUCUUCAGCAUUUUUGUAUCGACGCUUACUCAUCGAUAGAACUAAACAGGCUGGCUUUUCUGUGCUGUCAUCAGCCACGGCUUACAGCGGAGGUUUAUCAAGGAGAUAAAAUGGGCCAUAUUGUACUCCCGGGCACCUACAUAGGCAGCCCGCGAUAUAUGCAACAAUUGUACCAUGAUGCUAUGGCAGUGGUCGAAUUCUUUGGAAACCCUGAUUUAUUCAUCACAUUCACCUAUAAACCAAUGGUGAUUUCAAGGGUCUUCCACGCUAAGCUAAGCAUUCUCAUAGACGACAUUAAGAAAAACUCCUACUUUGGGAAAACAAUUGCAACCAAAAUUCCAGACCCUCAACAAGAUCUAGUUGGAUAUGAAGCUGUCUGUAAAUUCAUGUUGCACGGGCCAUGCGGUGAAGCAAAUACAAAUGCACCAUGUGUCAAGGGCAAAUGUUCCAAACAAUUCCCAAAGGAGUUCCACUCAGCCACAACAUUUGACAAGUUCGGAAAUGUAGUCUAUAGAAGAUCAAACACUGGCGUCGAGGUUCAAAAGGGAAGUGUAGUACUUGACAAUCGACAUGUUGUUCCAUACAACAGGAAUUUGCUGGUCAAAAUGCAGGCUCAUAUAAAUGUUGAGGUAUGUCACAAAGGUAAACUUAUCAAGUAUCUCUUUAAAUAUGUGACAAAAGGGCCGGACAGACAGUCCAAUGUGCGAAAUGUUUUGGGGAAUCCUAAUGUCGGAAAAACACACUUGACAGAAUGGUUUGCUCUUAAUCGCAGGGAUCCUCAGGCAAGAGUCCUGACAUAUGCACAGAUACCAAAUAAUUACACCUGGCUUCCUGAUUGCAAAGAAUGGAACCCUCGCAAAAAAGGAUUUGCGAUAGGGAGGGUUGCAUAUGUUCCGCCAGGUUCUGGCGACGUAUUUUUCCUCCGAAUGAUGCUCACAAAAGUCCGUGGCGCUCUCAAUUAUGCUCAUCUCAGAACUUUCAAUGGAGAACUGUGUCCAGAUUUUGAAAAAGCUUGUGAAAAACUUGGUCUGUUAUCAGAUACUUCAUAA